CAUCCGGCCAUCGUACCCAACUACCCCUCCCAUCCCCGGCGGCCCCGGCCACUCCAACUGCGCAGCAGCGCCGCGCCAGCGCCCAGCGCUCCACAACAAUUUUCGCACGCCCAAUAAUCCCAACAAUCCCAAACCGAUCCGCAGCGUCUCUCCCGCAUCCGCCAUGGCCGAGCCGUGCCCGCCCGGUGGGAUCGACCCGCGCAGCGGCUUCUGCGCCGCGACGCGGACCUUCCACAGCCUGCGCCCGUCCACCGAGCUCCCGCCGGACUCGCUCCCGGCCACCGCGGCCGCCUACGCCUUCUCCAGCCUCUCGUCCCCGCUCCCCGACCGCCCCGCCCUCGUCGACGCCGCCACCGGCAUUGCCGUCUCCUACCCCUCCUUCCUCGCCGCCGUCCGCUCCCUCGCGGGGGGCCUCUGGUCCGUCCUCGGCCUUCGCCCCGGGGACGUCGCCCUCGUCGUCUCCCCUUCCCGCAUCGACGUCCCCGUCAUAGACUUCGCGCUCAUGUCCAUCGGCGCUGUCGUCUCGCCUGCCAACCCGGCGUCCACCGCCGACGAGUACGCGCACAUGGUCGCGCUCUCCAGACCGGUCGUCGCGCUCGCGGCCCCCGAGGUGGCCGCUAAGCUGCCGAGGAACCUCAGGUGUGUCGUCAUCGGCUCGGAUGAGUACAAGGGCCUCUCCUCCGCCGGCGGCGCGGCGCCUCCCCCGCCGGUGGCGGUGAAGCAGUCCGACACGGCGGCCGUGCUGUACUCGUCGGGCACUACGGGCCGGGUCAAGGCCGCCGCGGUCUCGCACCGCAACCUCAUCGCCCUGCUCUGCGCGCACAGGGACAUCCGGGCUAUGGUGGACAAGGAGGCUGCCGAGGCCGGCGAGGAGCCGCCCCCGCCUACGGUGACGCUGUUCCCUCUCCCGCUCUUCCACGUGUUCGGCUUCAUGAUGAUGCUGAGGUCCGUGGCCAUGGGGGAGACCGCCGUCCUCAUGGACCGCUUCGACUUCGUCGCCGCGCUGCGCGCCAUCGAGCGGUACCGAGUCACCCUGCUGCCCGCGGCGCCCCCGGUGCUGGUGGCCAUGAUCAAGUCCGAGGAGGCGCGCCGCCGCGACCUCUCCUCCCUCAUCGUCAUCGGGAUCGGCGGCGCGCCACUCGGCCGCGAGGUCGCCGAGCGCUUCGCCGCCAUCUUCCCCAACAUCGAACUCGUCCAGGGCUACGGUCUGACGGAGUCAUCUGGCUCCGUGGCUUCGACGGUCGGGCCAGAUGAGUGCAAAGCGUACGGUUCGGUCGGGAAGCUGGCAUCGCACUUGGAGGCGAAGAUCGUCGAUCCCUCCACCGGCGAGGCGCUGGGGCCUGGGCAGCGCGGCGAGCUCUGGGUCCGGGGACCAGUUGUCAUGAAAGGUUAUGUGGGUGACGACGAGGCUACUGCAGCAACAGUUGAUUCAGAAGGCUGGUUGAAAACUGGUGACCUAUGCUACUUCAAUGAGGAUGGGUUUCUCUACAUUGUUGAUCGGUUGAAAGAGUUGAUAAAAUACAAGGGAUAUCAGGUACCUCCAGCCGAACUGGAGCAUAUCCUGAAUUCUCAUCCUGAUAUCAUGGAUGCAGCAGUUAUUCCGUACCCAGACGAAGAUGUCGGGCAACUACCAAUGGCUUUUAUAGUGAGGAAACCAGGCUCAAACCUUACCAAGCAACAAGUCAUGGAUUUCGUGGCUAAACAGGUCGCACCGUACAAGAAAGUCCGUCGAGUGGCCUUUGUUUCUGCAAUUCCCAAAUCGCCUGCUGGGAAGAUCUUGCGGCGGGAGCUUGUAGAGCAGGCCGUGUCCAUGGUUACCUCCAAGCUUUGAAGUUUAUUACUGACUUGGAAAUCUAGGGGAUUUCUUUUGUAUAAUACUCGACCCGGGAUACUAUGCACGUACUAUGCUGCGGUGGUUUUCAGAUUGCUCAGAUAUUCAGAUCGAUGGUUGUACCUCCGCAUGCUUCUUUCAUGUAACCACGGGAUAAUUUCUGCGCAGAACAAGCAAGACAGGAAGAAAGUGGCAUCCAUUGUACAAUUAGUUGCGGUCUUGCGGAAUACUCACUGUGUGUCUAAAAAAGAAUGCAACUAUAAGUUGUGUGCCGGUUGACUAAGGUGAUCCUCAAUGUGGGUUUUAUGA